UCGACAGAAGUGUAUACUUAAUUAUAAAAUUCAAAAUAGGAUAUUUGAAUAGAACUAUAAUGAAACUGUUCUUAAACUUUUUUGUUUUAAAUUCAUUUACACUUAUAUUAACUCAAGAAAAUUCAAAAAAUGAUUUGGUAUUCAAUGAAUUUUUUGAUAAUUUACUAAAUCAAAAAGGCUAUACUGAUCGAUUUAAAUUAUUUUUUAAUGAAGGAAUCAAGCAGUUUUCAAUAGGUGUAGUUGAUGGAAAAGAUGGAAAUAUUGUCAAAUUAUCAGAUUUUAAACGUAAAGGUAAUGUGAUCUUACAUCCAGAAAAAAUUGAAACUUGGUUGCAGUAUUCAUUUAUUGCACCUCGUCUUGAAGUAAAUUGGAAAAAUUCUAAGUGUUUAGGUAUAAAAUGUCAACUAUGGGCAAUCAUAUCAGACAAUGAACUUAUUGUAAAAAUAGCUGUGAAACCAGAAAAAUGUGAUGUUUCAUAUAGUAUUACUUUGAAAACAAUAAAAAAUAUGGAUAUUUUUGUGACAGAAUUACCCAAGUUCAUACCAAUUUUCUUUUUCAAUAGUGCUUUUAAUUUAGUUGAAUUUAUCAAUGAGCCAUUAAAAGAGCGUAUUAAACAUCGCAUCAGCCAUACAGUACUAAACAAUUUUUUUAAUGAUAAAGAAAUAGAAAAGCUUUGUCAAAUUGUUGAUAAAAUAGUUCAUUGAUAGAGUAAGUUUCUAUUUAUGAUGAUGAUUAAAGAUUUACAAAUAAUAUUGUAUAACAAUAAAUUUAAUCACAAAAAAUUUAUUUUACUAUAUUAAUUUCAUUCAAUAAUUAUAAUAAUGUUUUUAUAUAUCAUUUUACUAAGUAUAACUAAGUUUAAUAAAUAAUUAGAUCUAUUUUGAU